AUGAUCCAGUCACAGCCGGCAGCGGCCACAGUUGCCAAUAAUUCAGGUCGGCUCAAAUACGCAGAUCCUAGAGAUCUUCCUAGCUAUCCAUCUGCUGGCCUUCGUCCUGACGGUGCUGCUGCAAGUGCCGCUGCUUCACUUGGAUGGUCUAAUCAAAAACCCAUCGAGCUUUGGAAACCUGACAAAACCUCAUCAGCAUCCGCCGCUGCCGCUUUAGCCAAGGAUUACAAGAUGGCUCCAGCAUGGGAACCAACAACCAACUCUGCUGGCCACAAAGCCGCACUUCUAGCUGUUGGCUCUGCUAAUGCUGCCUUGAACCAAUCCCCAAGCCAGCGCAGGUCACACGAAGGAUGGGGAAAUUCUGCUGCCACUCAAGCAUUCAACACGAAUCGAGCCAAUUCAAUGCGACAGCCUGACCCAAGAGCAUCUGAUACGUCGCUGCAAGGACAAAAGUCUCUGGCCGCAGCCAAAGGUGCUAUGUCAACAACUAGACGACGAGCUAAAUCAACGCCAUCAGCACCAGACUCUCAUGCUCCAUUAUCAUCCCCCAAGACUAACACUCGACCCGAUGCGCUCAACGGAGCUGCACUUGCUCACAAAGCAAGCCUUAGGGCCAAGCCGGCAACAGAAAACGCCGGUGCAGUACCAUUGACUACCAUGACUCGCAACAUGUUCACGUCCAAUCCGCCAGUUAAACCGGAGGUAGAUGAACGUCAAAACAAUGAGCAACUCCAUGCUUCGGCGGUUGCGAUGGCCCGAAAGAUGUAUUCGCAUCAACAAAAGAUUAUCGACGAAGCCAAGGAAACGCAUGGGCAAGGCUCCGAUGCGCCACAGCCCAAACCAUAUAUUAAUCUCCAGGACGCUGCAUACAAACAAGCCCAAGAACGACUGGCGAAGCUUGAACAAGAACACCAGAAGAAUAGAGACUACCAAUCUUACUAUGGAAACGAAUCUUCACCUAAAAGGCGGUUUACAUUGACAUCCAAGCUGCGUCGUCGCUCCUCUAGCGACGGUGAUCUCGAUGAUAGACAACAAUCCGAAAGAAUACGACAGCAGAUGUCACUCUUCUCCAACAAGCUUUCAGAGGUUGAUCAGAAGAAACGACAGGAUGACCGUAACGCACUUCUUGCUGCGGCACAACGUAAUGUCAAGGCCAGACUGCAAGGUAUGGAUGAGAAGGUUUAUCAUGAAACUGGCAAGGUCAACCCAACUCUUAUGAGUGAGUGGGAGCUCAAGGCUCACCAGUUGGCGAGUGCUAGCCACGAGACCCGGAACGCAAACAAAGGCAAAAUCGACAUCGGAGGUGGCAGGUUCAUGGAUCCUCACGAUAUAGACGCGAUCGCAGCCAAAAGAAUGCAGCCCCUUCUGGAUGACAUUAACGAAAAGGCUGAAGUUGAGCGCGAGCGACUUGCUACACUCAAGAUGGAAGAGGAAGCAAGAAAGGCUGAGCAGGAGAAGCAAAAGGCUCGCGACCGCGAAAUUAAAGAAAUCACCAAGAAGCUCAAAGACCAAGAGAAGCAGGAGUACAAGGCCAAGAAGGCGGAGGAGAAGGCGGCGCGAGCUGAAGAGCGACGCCAGGCCAAGGAAGAGAAGCAACGAACCAGUGGUAACACAGCUGCAUCAGGCGAAGAAGCUAUCGAUGAUGGCGCGAGCACAAGAAGCGAAGAGGUUGUAUCACCCCCUGUUGUUGCGCCAAAUGAGUCUAGUGAGCCUAUUGCCCCAACCGCGAUCGAUACAGAAGCUGCGACGACGGAAAGGGGCCGCAGAAAGCUCAGCGAUGCUGCAUCACCAACUUCCAAGGUCAAGGGAUGGAUCAAGAACCGGUUUUCACGAGGCAAAUCUCUUGGAGAGAAGGAUCGUGAAAGCCAAGGUGUCAAGAGAAGCAGUUUCAUUGGCGGAGCUGCUCUCCGGGAUACAGACGCAAAUGAAAGUUCAACAAGUCUGGACAACCGGGCUACGAGCAUGCGAGAUGUCGCUCUUGCCGGUCGCAGCGCAAACGCUGAGUCAAGCGACCACGACCGGGAUGUACUACAUGAUUCGCGCGGCAUCAGCCCUGUGAGCAGUCUCAGUGACGACGAGGCAGUUCCAGCUAUUACUCCUCCCCCAGCAAUUAAAGAUCCUGCUGGAAGGAAGAGCCAGAGUCCUUCACGAGAUUCAAGAUUUAGAGAGAUGAUGGACAAUUAA